ACUCAAGACACAGGACACAAGCACACUUACACAUCACAAAAGAAGCAGAGAAGAAGAAGGAAGAAGAUUGGAGGCGAUGGAGUACGAGUACCAGUACAGGAGCAGCUUCAACAAGGAGAAGAGGCCUCCGGCGAAGAGGGGCCAGGUCAAGAUGCAGAUAGCGAGGGGCCUGAGCAACCUCGUCUCUCCGAGCACUGCUGCAGUUGCCGACGGCUCGAAGCAAGCAAAUUGCAACAGCUUCAGAAGGGAAACAAGCUACAACUAAACGAAAUGGUUUUGCUGUGUGGGACAUAAAGUUGUGUUACUACUAGGUUCCUAAAUAGCUAGCUAUUUUUCUUUUGAGGGUUCUAGCAGGAUCAUGCCUGUCAAGUACUGAGCGCCUGGCUGAUCCACUAGGCUGUAACUUUGCUUGAGUGGAAAUUGCUCCAUGUUACUUGUGCAUUAUGUAUGUAUUUUACAAACAA